CUCAAUUGAUUAUGAUUUUGAUGAUUUAAAUGAAUUUGAGAUGCGGCUUGGAAAGAACUUACUGAAUAUUGGGAUUCACCAGAAUUUCUUGCAAUAUCGGCUCGAGCAAAGGCAAACCAAGCAUCAAAGAAGGGUGGGGCACUUCACACAACUGGACCCAUUCCCCAUGUUGAGGUUGCAGAGAAUAUGGCUAUUGCUCUUGAUCGUCCGGUAGACCCUGACGAGUUGGUUUGUUUCACUCGACGACAUACGGAUGGUAGUUGGAUUGACGACCGCUCAAAGGAGAUAUAUGACAAGUACCAAGAGGCUAUCCACGACAUUUCAUCUCAAGCCUCGAUUGGCGGCACUCAACCUGAAGCUGUGGACUCCUUGACAAAGUUACAAACAUGGUGUGAUACUGUUGGUGGCAAAAACCAUAGCCGUGUAUGGAAGAAAAACAUGAACUCCAAGGUGAUCAAAUUGAAAGGCAAGAGGAAGAAUUAGCUUACCUUCGAACUACCUUGAAAGCUGUACUUCAACGCCUUGCAGUUGUGGAGGGAUCUGCUGCACCUCCGUCAUCAACCCCGACUUCUCAUCCACACUACAAUGAUGAGCGGGAUGAACAUGAAUUGAUUGAUUAGUAUGUUUCCACUUGGGAGCUUCAAUGAAGCGUGCAUGGUAUAUUUUGCUAUCCUUAUCGAUACUUGUUGGUAAUCUUUUAUUAGAUUUAGUUUUGUAAGGUAUUGAGGAUGACUUGUGACUUCUUGAAAACUUAUUUAGAAAUCCUUUAUGUAUUCUGACCUUAUUUUGCAAAUUUGUAUGACUUGUGAGUUUUUG